AGAUCUAGCAGCACGUGCGGGCAAGCAACAAACACUUUUCGGAGCAACAAAUACUUUGCGAGGAGGCAUGACAGUAUAGCGAAUAACAGCGUGGUCAAUAAGAUUGUUGUCCAUGUUUUUUUCCCGGAAGCAACUAAUUUGAGCCACUUGUAUUUGAUCUUCACAACUUACUUGCCGCUAGUACGCCUUCAUCGUUUGUUGGCACCCAAACCCAAUCGAUGAGUCUGCCUCCUCCUAAGCUGGUUAUCCCCGCGGACCGAGGGUCGCCUGGCACCGGGACUAGCUCGUCCAGCAGUUCCAGACGCGGCGAUGGCUCGCCUUCACCGGGGGACAACAGAAAUAAGGUUGUGGAACUGCAAACGACGGGGAGUCAAAACUCCUUACUUAUUGAUGAUGACGACACUUUUCGCAAUGUGCAGGCGCCGAAACGCUCGAAGUCCCAGGGCACCACAAGUUUUACGCGGGUGGCCUCGGGAGAAAGACGGCUCUACAGCAUGCAACAGGGUUACACGUCGAAUGAGGUGGUGCAACAGGGGGAGGGGUACACGGUGAUUGUGUACCACAAGAGCAUGGAGAAGCUGGCGAAGGCCGUGCAGUCUUUGUACCCAGGGAAGAUUCAUCUGAUCGGUCCCACCUUCGAGUAUUUCAAGGACGGUUGGCCCAACGUCGCCUUCACGCCGGAGAACGUGUACCGCAUGCAGGAUGAUCACGCGAGCGUGUGUUUCCUGGCAUCGUUCCACACACCCGAAAAGGUGUUCGAACAGCUCGCGGUCAUCUACGCCCUGCCUAAAAUGCUCGUGCGAAACUAUCGCAUCAUCGUGCCUUGGUUUUCCACAGGUAGUAGCACACGUUGCUGAAAUAAAAAUCAGGAUGUGCUUGUCGUCGGCUUAGUGGUUGAACUUGAAAAAUCAUGCUGACAUGAUUGAUUCUGCAUUUUUUUUUGAACAGUCCAAAUCUACUAGUCAACCUACCAACCUGUACUAUUCCUCGCAGUUGUUUACUUUACGAAUGCGUACAUUAAUUAUUUCUCCAGGCACGAUGGAGCGCGUGGAGACGAUGGGGCAGAUUGCGACCGCGAAGACGCUGGCACGCGUGCUAGAUUCUACGCCGAAUUGCCGCACCGGGGCGCCGAUCAUCACCAUUUACGACAUCCACACGCUGCAAGAGCAAUUUUACUUCAACGAUAACGUGCUGGUCGAGUUGAAGUCCGCUGUGUUUCUUCUGAAGCAGGAGCUGAGUCGCAUGCUCAAGUCCGGAUCGUCUCCCUCAGUGAACAAGCAGGUCGUGGAGCCCUUCGCGGGCGAGGAAAUCGCUAUCGCCUUCCCCGAUGACGGCGCCAAGAAGCGGUUCGGCUCCAAGUUUCCAGAGUACCCGCACGUCGUUAUCACGAAACAGCGUGGCGAGGGCGACAAGCGAAUUUGCAGGAUACAAGUAAAAGAUAUGAGAAAAUUUCAUGCGCUGUUUUUGAAUUUCAAUUGAGAAAAAGUUGCUCAUGCGCAUCAAUCUGCGCCGAAGUAGACAGGUUUUAUUAGCAUCCAUAAGCUGCCCGUCACUAAUAGGCAUCAUUAUCCUUGAAUAAAACAGGACGGCGAUGCGAAGAAUCGGCACGUGAUCCUUGUGGACGACAUGGUGCAGACCGGCGGCACCCUGUUAGAGUCCAUUGACGCGCUGGUUCACGCGGGCGCGAGCAAGGUAUCCUGUUACGUCACGCACGCCGUGUUUCCGUCAGAGUCGUGGCGGAGGUUUUUGAACGUGGACAAGCUGGACACCUUUUACGUCUGCGACACCAUUCCUUCCACGCGAGACACGCUGGAGAAGAUUGGAAAGCCAUUUAAGAUACUUUCCAUCGCACCACUGUUGGGCUACUUGCUGGUGGGCCGCGAGCCCGGGAAAUUCAAGAUGCGAGACGAAGACAAACUGGACACAUGAAGAUGAAAAAUCUGAUAUGUGAAGCGACUGGCUUUGUUGAACGAUCGCCAUAGCAGCACAAAGAUGCUCUCAUAAGUGUAGGAUGUAAGCUGAGAUGACUCUCUCGAAUGAAAAUGACCAUGCAUACAGAAUUACGCAAAUCAACUUUUCUGCUCGCGGAAAUAAGUGAGGCACGAU